AACGUACUGUGUUGAAAUAAAUUAUCAUGAAGCCCAACGAAACUUCCUACAACUUACCACUUGCUAUUUUAUCUUUUGACUAAUUGUCUGCUAUAUAUAAACACUCUCAUAGUACUAAUACACCACAGCAUAAUAUUAAGAUUACUGCAGAGCACUUGGAGAUUUGUAAUGGCUAUGCAACAAUACAUAAGUUCUUCUACAUCUUCUAUGGUAACAUCUUUGAAGAAAUUUGAUGUUUUUAUUAGUUUUCGUGGUGAGGAUACUCGUAAAACCUUCACGAGCCAUCUUUAUGAAGCUCUUAACAAGAAAGUUCUAACAUUUAUUGACAUUGAGCUUGAAAAAGGAGAUGACAUCUCAUCAGCACUUAACAAAGCCAUUGAGGGGUCAGAUGCAUCUAUAGUCAUAUUUUCAAAAGACUAUGCAUCUUCAAAAUGGUGUUUGAAUGAACUCGUUAAGAUUCUAGAAUGCAAGAGAGACCGAAGACAAGUUGUCAUACCCGUUUUCUAUGAAAUAGAACCAUCACAUGUAAGAUACCAAACUGGGAAUUAUAAGCAAGCUUUUGAAAAACACGAGCGAGAAUUGAGACACAACAAAGACAAGUUACAGAAAUGGAAAGAUGCACUCACCGAAGCAGCCAAUUUAUCUGGAUGGAACUCUCAAAAUUACGGGAUGGAAUCAAAUUUUAUUAAAGACAUUGUGGAAGAUGUUUUGAAAAGAUUGAAUCGUAGACACCCAUUUGAAGUUAAUAAGGAACUUGUUGGCAUUGAGAAAAAGUAUGAGAAGAUGGAAUCUUUAUUGAAAAUUGGAUCAAAUGAUGUUAGAACUCUUGUAUUAUGGGGCAUGGGAGGCAUAGGAAAGACCACUCUAGCAAAACACUUAUAUGCUAAAUUGUGUUCUCAAUUUGAACGUACUUGCUUCAUUGAAAAUAUAAGGGAAGAGUCAACCAAGCGUGGACUCACGUUUGUACGUAACAAACUUUUUUCUACAUUGUUGGAGCUUCCUCUCAAUGCACCUUAUGUAGAAACCCCAAUUUUCAUAAAUCGACUUGCACAUGAAAGAAGUCUCAUUGUGUUGGAUGAUGUUGCAACCAUAGAGCAAGCAGAAAAUGUUAACAUAGUCAAUAAUUGCUUGGGAGAGGGAAGUAGAGUCAUUAUCACAACUAGAGAUAUGCAGAUAUGUAGCCAAUUUGACGAGUGCGAAAUAUAUGAGUUUGAGGAAAUGAAUAUAGAUGAGUCUCUUCAAUUAUUCUGUUGGAAUGCCUUUAGAGAAAAAUGUCCAAAGGAUGGAUUUUAUAAUCUAUCAAAAGAAGCAAUUCUUUAUUGCAGAGGCAAUCCCUUAGCUUUGAAAGUUUUAGGUGCAAAUUUUCGUACAAAAAAAAGUAAAGAAGGGUGGGAAAGUGAAUUGGAGAAACUCAAAAAGAUUCCCAAUAGAAAAAUCCAUGAUGUGUUAAAAUUGAGUUAUGAUGACUUAGAUCGUACUCAACAAGACAUAUUUCUAGACAUUGCAUGCAUCUCCACAUCAGCAGGUCCUUAUGAUUAUCGUGAUAAUAAAUAUUACAGAACAGCACUAUGGAAUGCUUGCGAGUUUUUUGCAGAGAGUGGAUUACAAGUCCUUAAAGAUAAAGCGCUCAUAUAUUUUGAUAACGAACGCUAUAUCAAUAUGCAUGGUUUGUUAAAAGAAGUGGGAAAAGAGAUUGUUAUCAGAGAAUCUGUCAAACACCCCGGAAGAAGAAGUCGAUUGUCGAAUUAUGAGGAUCUGUAUGAUGUACUGAAAUAUAACAAGGGAACUGAAGUUGUCGAAGCUAUAAAAUUUGAAGCUCAUCAUCAUAUUGAAGAUUUAUAUUUGAGUUCUGAUUGCUUUAAAAACAUGACCAACUUAAGACAUCUUCAUAUCACUAUAGGUACAAAAAGUAGACUGCAUCUCCUUGAAGGUCUUGAGUGUUUGUCUGAUAAACUGAGGCAUCUUUACUGGGAUUCAUUCCCACUCGAGUCUUUUCCAUCAACGUUUUGUGGAGAAUGGCUUGUACAACUUACAAUGAACUAUAGCAAGCUUAAAAAGCUUUGGGAUGGAACUCAGAGGCUUGACAAUUUAAUGAUUCUUAAUCUUGAUGACUCCGAAGACCUGAUUGAGACUCCAGAUUUAUCAAGGGCCCCAAAUCUUCAAAUAGUGUCCCUUUCUAAUUGUAAGAGUCUCUGUCAACUCCAUCCAUCCAUUUUCAGUAUCCCCAAGCUUACAGAACUAAAAUUAAAUGGAUGCAAAGAGAUUGAAAGCCUGAAACAUAACAUUAAUUUAAAAUCUCUCCAAAUACUCAAUCUCUCAGAUUCUUCUGUCGCCAAAUUUUCGGCGACAUCAGAGGAAAUGAUGGAGCUGUCUCUACGGGGCGCUGUUGCACAGGAAUUUUCUUCAUUGAUGUUGUGUAACAAGAAACUUACUCAACUGCACCUUCAGGGAUGCACACAAAUCAAUACAUCGAGUCUUAUGUUUAUCUUUGAUGGCACACCGUCUUUAAAAAAACUAAAUUUGAGCAAGUGCCGCUACUUAGAAAUUCUCCCUGAUAACAUCCAAAACUGUUCAAUGUUGGAAAUUCUUGAUUUAGAUGACUGCCGGAAACUUAAGUCCCUACCAAAACUUCCAGCUAGCUUGCAAAGCUUUACUGCACGGAAUUGCAUUCAUUUGGAGACUAACUCCAUUCAACAAUCAAUACUUGAGAAUAUGUUACACAAACUCCGUUCACAUGAGAACAUGUUACGUGACAGAUCCCAUUCACGGAGCAACAGGAAAAUGUCAACUUAUGAAAUGGAUUUAUUUUUCUUUCCAGGUGGUGAAGUUCCUAGUGAGUUUAAUUUUCAUACAACAAAGGGUUCCAUAGUUAUUCCUCCUAUUCCAAAAUAUGGUUUGUGUGGUUUCGUCAUUUGCAUCAUUCUCUCUAGGGGAGUGAAUAAAAGUACUGCCAGGUAUUUGGAAAGUGAAGUUUUGUGUACUAUUUAUCAACACACCGAAGAAAUUGACAAUGAGAAAUGGUAUUGGUCAGGCGUAUUAAUUUCAGAUCAUGUGUUGUUAAGUUGCAUAGGGUGUUAUAAUUCUGACUGGGUGAAGAUGUGGAGUAAAAGUAGAGGUGAUCAUUACAACCUUUCAUUUAAAUUCAAUUGUACAAACAAUUAUGGUACGACACCAACAUGGAUCAAGAGAUGCGGGGUAAUCUCUGUAUAUGACUGGAAACAUAGUUUUUGUGUUGGAUAGUAGAGUUAGUGGAGUUGAAAAUGUUGAAAUACAAUCCAACGCUCAACUAUCUGAUCAUUAUGAUGAUAUUAAAGUUUUGGAUGAUUGUCAUCGACAUUCAAAAUUUGAGAUUAAUGAGUCACAACCCCAAAAAAUUGGAGCUGAAAAUGAAGUUGACCAACAACAUCUAACUAUUCCUCAGACAGAAAAUACGGAGCUGAAUGUUAAAUCUUCAUGUUCACGUUCAAUCGGUCUUUUGUUGAAGCACAUACUAGAAGAAUCAAAACGACUAUUUCUCAAGCGAAGAUAAGACAACAUCAAAUCUUUCAUUCAUAAUUCUUUUGCUGAAGCACAUGCUAGAAGAGUCAAAACAGCUAUUUCUCUUGUUUUCAACCAAAGAUAGGACAACAUCAAAGCUUUCGUUCAGAAGUGUCUCGUGACGUAGUGGGUUUGUAUUCGGUACCAUAAAGUUGUAUGUUUGUGAUAUGUAUGGCCUUCAGUGCAUCAAUUUUUGAUAUGUAUGGCUGAAUCACAACUGGGCGCCCAGUGACGAGGACAACUACACAAUGAAUGUAGCCACAUAUAUUGGUGAGGGUGCUUGGACCUGACUCAGCUAUGGUUAGAUUCAAACUGUCACCAGAUGUCUCAGCAUAGGGUGGUUCUCCCACAUUGACUAUGGCAUACGAAAACUUGUUUGACUUGAUAAAAUUAGAAUCAGGAUUUUCAUUGUAGACAACUUUGGUUGCAGGAUCAAUUGUUUGUUUUAUUGCAUCAAGGAUGGUUGUACCUGUCAGCAAAUAUUAACUCUCUAUUAGAUGUUCUGUAAUUCUUCCACAAAGGAAGCUAUGAUAGAGACUGAAAUGAAAUGUUCCGACUUACUCGAAGUAAGAUCAUUACCACUAAGCCCAUUCCAAGUAAUUGCCCAUCCACCAUAUUGAUAUCCCAAAUUGUCAGCAUGACUUCCUGCAAUUAUUAUUUUUGAAUAUUUUUUGGGAAGAGGAAGUACUGGUUUUUCGGCAGAUUUACCAUUCUUUAACAGUACUAGGGAUUUCCGAA